AUGAAACCAUCGAUCGAAACCAAUGCCACUAACAACACCACACUAUUUCACCAACCUCACUACCAGGAACUUAAAUCUUCGUUCACACGUCCAAUUUCAGAAUCCAAUUUUCACGAAGGAGAAUGUUUCUUUCAACAUCAAGUAGGUCUUAGUGAGGACAAGUCCUCUCAACUCUCUCAAUUUGUUCGAAAUUACAUGCCCAUGCAACAUCGAGAGUUUUAUGAAAAGAUGCCCUUUUUACUUGUUUCAUCCAUGGAUGAGAAGGAAAGAGUAUGGGCUUCUAUUAUUGUUGCUCAUCCUCCUUUCUUACAAGAGAGUACCAAUGUUCAGACUUUACAAGAAUCAACAAAUGAUUUGACAUUACCUUAUCAGGCAAAACCUAUGGUUUCAUUGGCAAGAACACUUGACGAUCGCUCGAUUCACAUUGAAACCAUGCUCUUGCAUGGGGAUCCCUUACAGAACAAUCUUAAAUCUGAAAUUCCUAUUGGAAUUCUUGGAAUUGAACCUCAUACACGAAGAAGAAAUCGAGUGAAUGGCCGAGUGAAAGGAUCUGUUGCAUUUUCUAAUUCAGGUAUCAAUGAUCAUCAUGAAACAGUUUCAUUCUUAUUGGAGGUUGAUGUGACUAUGGGAAAUUGUCCUAAAUACAUUCAAGCUCGAGAAUGGAAUUGGAAAGAUCGACGAAGAGAGGAAGGUUAUGGUAAUGUCUCUCGAGGACUAUGGGUUCUUCCUUCGCAAUUGGAAGAAUUUAUUUCAAAGAGUGAUGCGUUUUUCAUUGCAUCUGCUUCAAAAGAGUCAAUGUCAUCUAGCUCUCUCAAUCCUACUGAGCAUGACAGACGACAGGGUUUGGAUGUUUCACACAGAGGAGGAAAACCAGGUUUUGUCACAGUAAGCAGAACUAUUUCUCAAGUAGAAAAGACAGAACAGACAAUCCUGGAGUAUCCUGAAUAUUUAGGGAAUUUCAUGUUUAACACUUUGGGUAAUAUUGUCACGAAUCCAAAGGUUGGAUUAUUAUUUAUCAAUUUUGAUAAUGGAGAUUUACUGUACAUGACAGGGAAAGCAUUUGUAGCUCAAGGAUUUCAAUCCAAACCUGGAGCUCAACAUACCGUUCGUUUUUAUUUAGAAGAAUGGAUUUAUUCUCAGAAACAGGUCCCUUUUGAGUGGAAAUACCUUUCAGAAUCCAUCUAUAAUCCUCAGGUUCAAUUCCAAUCUUCCUUGUCAAAAGUCAACUCCAACAAGUUAGGAAUGGACUCAAUUGUUGUGCGCUGUAAGGAUCGUAAAAAAGAAACCCAUGACACAGUGACUUAUACCUUUUCAACAGCAGUAGCUUUGGGAACUCUUCAAAAAGCAGGUCAAUAUGGAACCUUUUUAAUUGACAUGGGUCCAUCAGGAGUUGUAGAACGAUCUUGGACACUCACUUCUCCAGGUGGAGCAGGUCUCUAUGAAAUUAGUAUUACUGUGAAGACAAAAGAGGGAGGACUUGUUUCAAAUUACUUGUAUGAACACAUGUGGCCAGAAAAAGAAUUACGUCUGAAGGGAAUUGAGGGAACAUUUACAUUGGAAGAUUGUAUUCAUGAUUUGAAUGAAACAAAAUAUUUGGUUUUCAUUGCAGGUGGAAUUGGUAUCACACCGUUUAUGAGCAUUUUGAGGAGAAAAAAGUUGCAACAGUUGCAAUCGAUCAUUCCACAAUUGGAAAAGAUUCACUUGAUUCAUGUCGUGAGAACUGAACAAGAUUUGGUGUUUAGAAGUGAAAUCGAGAAAAUGGUCCAUCAUGAGUUUAAAGAUGUGUUCGUGUUUCAUCCAUUCUUGACGGCAAGUCAUAUUUCUGAAGACUGGAAAGGAGGACGAGGAAGAUUAUCCAAAACGGAUUUAGAGAAGAUCAUUUGUCAUGAACAACUGCUUGAAACACAGGUAAUGAUGUGUGGACCCUUUGGAUUCAUGGAAAACAUUGAAAAUAUUAUGCAGGAGAUUGGGUUAGAAAAAGGAAGACUUCAUUCAGAACAAUUCAAUUUUUAG